UGUCGUAGCCAUACGUGUCAGUUGUAAAAGACUGGUGGGGGCAUCAUGGAUUUAUUGUUUACAAAUUAUAACUCCAAGUUUUGGCUGAGUUAUUUAUAUUGCGCUUAUAUUUUAUAUAAAAACUAAAUACAUAAUAUACGAAGGUAUUAAAGUUGACGACGACCUGUUUAUUUUUAUGCAGGGCUAUAAAAAAUGCCGGGUGAUUUCGGCGAACAAAUCGAGGACUACGAAGUUUUAAAUUUACUUGGGAAAGGUGGUUUUGCUAGUGUUUACAGAGCAAAAUGUUUACGCAAUGGAAUGGAAGUGGCUAUAAAAAUGAUCGACAAGAAUUCAAUGCAAGCUGCUGGUAUGUUAAACAGAGUUUUUCAAGAAGUAGCGAUUCACUCUCGUUUAAAACACCCAGCUAUUCUAGAAGUAUAUACAUUCUUCGAGAAUAAUAACUAUGUUUACAUGGUCUUAGAAUUAUGUCACAAUGGCGAACUUCAACGUUACUUAAAAAUGCAAGAUUCUCAUGUGUUAUCCGAACAAGAAGCUGGAAGUAUCAUUGCACAGGUCGUACAAGGUCUGUUAUUUCUACAUUUUCAUUUGAUACUUCAUAGAGACAUAUCAUUAUCAAAUUUGCUAUUAACCAAGAAUAUGCAAGUGAAAAUUGCUGAUUUUGGAUUAGCAACGCAAUUAAAAAGACCGGAUGAGAAACAUUUGACUAUGUGCGGUACACCUAAUUAUAUAUCACCAGAAGUUGCAACUAGAUCAUCGCAUGGUUUGGCAGCAGAUGUUUGGAGUUUAGGUUGUAUGUUAUAUACUCUUUUAGUAGGUAAACCUCCAUUUGACACGGAUGCUGUAAAGAGUACUUUGACACGAGUGGCAAUGGCUGAUUAUGUUAUGCCAGCCAAUUUGUCUAAAAAUGCUAAAGAUCUUAUAGAUAAAUUAUUAAAGAAGAAUCCAAAGGAAAGGAUUCAUUUAAGAGAUGUCCCAAAACAUCCAUUUAUAACAAGUUUGAAAACAAGUCAAACAUGUAGUAUAAGUGGAAGACAUGAGAAAAUCGGUAUAGAUAGAGAAUUAUUAGGAGAAGGUAUGAUUGAUUCUGGAGUGGGUAGAACAUUAUCUUCUUAUAGCCAAGCUAGGAUACGUUCUCGUUCAGAAGAACGCAUAUCUACAAACCCCAUGAUAUCUGAUGGAUUUGGACUUAUGUUCAGUGCAAGAAGUAAAGCUUUGUCUGAACCAAUUACAAAAAUGCAUUCAUUACAAAAAAGACAGUUCACAGAUUAUUUUCCAAAAACGGAUUCCAUACUUUAUGAUAUAUCACCGCCUCAAUCAAAUAGAAUGUUUUCUCAGAAUGUUCAACAAAGCAAUUGUGAAUCAUGUCAUGAAAAUAGGAAACAGAAAAUGGAGAAACAAAAACGAAAGGAAAAAAGUAAUGAACGUUUAUGGAAUGUUGAAGGUAGCGAAGAAGUAACCAAACUACAAGUAUCACCUUUAAAUACUGAACGAUUACAACCGACAAGACAUAGAACAAAAACAGCGAUACUCACUAUUCUUGAUAAUGGUGAAGUUUGUAUAGAAUUUACUAAACGAAAAAAUGGAGUAGAAAAAAUUAAUGAUGUAUGUAGAAUUUCCGGUGAUGGUUUAAGAGUGAUACUUUAUAAACCAGUUUCUCUAUUAGAAAUUGGUUCGCAACCUCCACCAUUACCAAGUUAUGGUGCUGAUAGUAUUUAUUCAUAUGAAAAUUUACCACCGCGUCAUCAUAAGAAAUAUAUAUAUGCUUCUCGUUUUGUCAAACUUGUCAGAGCUAAAACUCCAAAAGUGACGUUAUAUACUCAACGUGCUAAGUGUUUGUUUAUGGAGAAUGGUCCGCAUCCUGAUUGCGAAGUACACUUUUAUAAUGGUUUGAAGGUUAUACGUGUCGAUGGAGCUGUAAAGAUUACAGAAGAAGAUAAUACAUAUGUCGAAGGUGAAUUUCCUUCACAUUUGGAUGAAUUCUAUGAACAUUACUCGGACAGCUACAAACGUUGUUUGCUAUUAGAAUCUACUUUACAAUCUUUAGAAUCGGCAACUGGUCAUCCGCACUUUCCUGUAAUAAUUGGACGUAGGCCUUGUUCGGCCUUGAAUGAUGCACCUUGUUUGAGAGGCAAAGAAAAUGUUUCGCAUACCACUAAUAGUACACCGGUUAUGCCAUCGUUCGAUGCUAUUUAUUCGGCUGUGUCAACGACAACAUCAAGAUCGAGAAAAAUGAAUUCUGUUUAUAGUAUAAAUUGUGACAUAGAAAAAGUAACAAUACCAGGAAUUGGUGUCGCUAUACAAUUACCGUCAGGAGAUAUUAAAAUAGAUUACAAGGAUGGAUCCUCUUUAACCGUAAUAACGCAAGGUGGUAUUAAGUAUGAAACAAGUAACGGUAAGAUCUUCAAAUAUAGUCAAAAGUGUCAACAAAAUUUGGAAGUACCGUAUGUGGUAAAAGAAAAGUUAAGAGAUGUCCCAAGGAUUAUUAAACAUCUUGUGCAACCGAAGCACAAAAAUUUAAGAUAAUUUACAAUUUUUAAAUAUAUAUAUAUAUAUAAGAGAAAAGAGAGAAAGAGAGAGUGAGUAGAUAUAUUUUGUAUAGUAACAUUAAGUUAGCUAAAAAUUAAAAAAAAAAAUGAUGAGGUGGAGAGAUAUAAAGGGAUGUCGCUAUCUUUUUUUUUUUUUUUUCUUUGUAAUCUUAUUAGAAUUAUAUUUUAAUUAAAACACUUAAGAAAUUGUAGAAUAAUGUUUUUUAUAUAUUACAUAAUAAAAUUAUAUCAAACCAA